AUGGCUGUUUCCCUUCUUAUUUCCCAUUUUACCCCUAUUAUUUCGCUAUAUUUACUCUUACACUCCACCCUCAUCUCCGCCGUUAACAUUACCCAUCUCUUAUCUCCUUACCCAGAUCUCUCCGACUUCUCCAACCUCCUCUCCACCACCACCGUCGCCGCCGAUCUCUCCCAGCGCACCUCCCUCACCCUCCUCGCCGUUCCCAAUUCCUUCCUCCGAUCCUCCGACCUUAUCCGCCGUUCUCCCUCCUCCACCAACAUCGCCGACGUCAUCCGCUACCAUGUCCUCUUACAAUACCUCUCCCUCCACGACCUUUCCCGUUUACCCCCUUCCGGCAAACUCAUCACUACUCUCUUUCAAACUACCGGACGAGCCACCAACAACUUCGGUUCGGUUAACGUCACCUACGACAGCAAAACCAAUACCACCACCGUUCGAUCCCCCGCCGCGUACUCCCAGACCCCCAACAACGCCACCAUCAUCUCUAUGAUAAAAAAUUUACCGUACAACGUAACCAUCUACUCCGUCAAUUCGCUAAUCGUCCCUUACGGAUUCGAUCUACUCGCAUCGGAGACUCGGCCGCCGUUAGGGCUUAACAUCAGUGAAGCGUUAAUCGACGGUCAUAACUUCAAUGUGGCGGCCUCGAUGCUUGCUGCAUCUGGAGUCGUUCAGGAAUUUGAAUCUGAUGAAGGCGGUGCAGGAAUUACACUUUUCGUUCCAACCGACGACGCCUUCGCCGAUCUGCCGGCAACGGCGAACUUCCAGUCGUUACCGGCUGAUAAAAAAGCCGACGUCUUAAGGUUUCACGUGCUACAUUCGUACUAUCCGCUCGGGUCGCUCCAAUCGAUAGUGAACCCUGUUCAACCAACCCUAGCCACCGAGGACAAAGGAGCCGGUAGCUUCACAUUGAACAUCUCUCGGGUUAACGGGUCGGUUGCAAUUAAUACGGGCAUCAUUCAAGCCUCCGUAACACAAACCGUAUUCGAUCAGAACCCGGUUGCAAUUUUCGGGAUUUCUAGGGUUUUAUUACCAAAGGAGAUAUUUGGGAAAAAUGCAAUACCGGAAAAGUCCCCUCCCAUCAAUGGUGCUCCGUCACCAGUUAUGUCAACACCGCCGCUGAAUUUUCCACCGGAAUUGUACGGACCAUCGUCGCCACCAGGUUCGAGAGAGGAAUUGCACUCCUCGGCGACGGUACGGAGUAUGAAUUUGGGUGUUUUGUGUAUAGGAUUGUUGUAUGUAUUUGUAUGAAUCUUCUUCCCUUUUGUCAUCUUAUAAAAUCAAUCACUCUAUAAAUUAUUGGAUGGAAAAAAAGAGAGACAAAAAGGUUUCUUUUUCUUUUCCUCUUCGUUUUUUACAGGUAGCAUUUUACAAACAGAAAAAAAAAAGCAUCCACUUUCAAGAAGGAUUUCAAGAUUUUCCUUCAUUUCUUUUUGGUUCUGGUUUUCUCCUUCUAUCUACAUUGAAGUUGAUGUUGUUGUAAAGAAUUAUUUCUUUGUUCUAUAAUUUAAUUUGUUGUUGAAUGAAACAUGCAUUUUGAAGGCUUCUU